CUUCACCUUUCGUCUCUUCUCCCUCGACCCAAAGCUCCGCGAUCCCUCAUCCCAACCCACAGAUUCUUCUGUCCUUUACGCCUUCAAAGCUUGACUCUCAUCUCACUGGGUCGGGUGGCGCGGCGCGCUGAUUACGAGUACACAACGGUAGCCCUACAGACUGCACGACCAUGAGCAGCAGAAAGGCCGCAGCUAGAUCCGCCUUGGCUAGACUCAAGGCAAAGAGAGAGGGUGGUGGUGGCGGUAGUGGUGGUGGUGCAGCAACCAGUAGCAAGGUUUCGGACGGCUCCGACUCUGACCGCGUGUACGAUGAGGUGUCAGAGGAUGAGUAUGCUAGCGCGGUUCGCGGUCGCAUGAUGGAGGAUGACUUCAUCGAAGAUGACGAUGGAGGCGGCUACAUGGAUGAUGGACGUGACGUGUUUGAGAACGAGGAGGGAGGCGCAUACGAUUCGGAUACGGAGGAUGAGGCUGAAUACUACGAGAGGACUGGCAGGCGCAAGCCCAAAAAGGGCACAAAAGCUGCUGCUAAUGCCGCGGCCAAGAAGACACCCGUCGCAUCCGCAUACACCAAUCAAGCUGCUUCUGCUCGGAAAAAGCCAGCACGACCCACGCUCGGCGCUCGCUCUGCCUUUCUGGGUGACAGCAGCAGCAGCAGGCCUACCAUGCGUACGACUGAAAAGGAGGAAGACUUUAUGCAAAGGCUCAUCGGCGGCCUUCAACCCGGCAACGAGCCCCCGACUCCCAGUCCCGCUUCCAGAGUGUCCCUCGCGCCCCCUCAGCAACAGCAUCAUCAGGCUCGCAAGCGUCCUCGUGGCGACUUUGGCGCAUUUCGCCCCAGCUCUGCUGCGCGAGAGAGCAGCCCUAGCAGCGGAGCUCCUUCAUCAGAUCCACCCGAGCUCGCAGAUCUAAUGCCCGGAGCUCAGGUGCACAUCUCUGGCAGCGACUCUCCCCCCUGGAACACGGUUGUCAACGAGGAUCAAGAGCAUCACGGCUUGCCCGCUCACAAACGCCCAAAAUCUACCAAGGCAGCUGCAGGACUGCCUCAGUCUGUCAACGCGAUCUCUCUGCACGUGCAGGCCGCACCAGCCAUGAUGGACGUUGAUGGGGAUGCAGAAGAUGAAGAUGACGAUGACGAUGACGGAUUCUCUAUCAGGACCAAUAAGGCUGGCGCGAGGGCACCCAUCGUGAAUGUAGCAGCCAAGCGGGCCCUUGCGACUCCGCACAGCAAACCCGUGGCGCCCCACGUAGCGCACCUCGACGAGCCUCAGCCCCCUUCUACGCCCCACACUUCUUGGCAGAAUGUCGGUGCGAAGCUCAGCAAGGUCACCUCUGCGCCUGCCCCCGACACGCCAGCGCCGAGUCGGCCAGCAGCUGCGGCUCGAGGCAAGAGCAGCGCGACAGUGCCAAGCACGCCAGCUACACCUGCAUCUACCAAGACUAUCAAUGCUUUCGAGAGCGAUGGCAGGAGUGUUCGCUUCUACUGGUUGGACUGGGUCGAGCAACAAGGCAGCGUCUUCUUGACGGGCAAAGUCAAGAAUCGCGAUACGGGCAAGUACGUCAGCGCUACGCUGGAUGUGCAAGGCGUGGAGCGUUGCGUCUAUCUGCUGCCCAAGGUGAAGCUUGACGGUACUCGCUGCGACGAGGACGAAGUGUACGACGAAUUCGACAAUAUGCGAAGCAAGUACGGUAUCAAGAACUUCCUUGCCAAGUGGGUCACGCGCAAGUACGCCUUCGAGGUGCCUGGCGUGCCCGUAGAGACGGAGUACCUCAAGAUCAAGUAUGGCUUUGACGAGCCAGAGCUUCCAGCGGAUAUCUCUGGUGCGACGUUUAGCCGCGCUUUUGGCACCGCGACAAACGCAUUCGAGCUCUUCGUCGUCAAGCGAGGCAUCAUGGGACCUUGCUGGCUGAAUGUGCGAGAUGCUCAAAUCCGCAUAGAUGGACCCGAGCUCAGCUGGACGAAGAUCGAAUUUCAAGUGGAUGAGCCAAAGUCGGUCAGCCCUUUCAAGGAUGACGACGAGACUGCACCUCGCGAAGCACCUCCCGUCACCGUCAUGAGCUUGGCAGGCAGGACAGUGAUGAAUCACGAAGCGAAUAAGAGGGAAGUUGUCUGCGUGUCUGCGCAGACUUGGCGGGAUAUGCAGCUGGAGGACCCAACACCGCCCGAAGAGCUCGAGAGCAAUUUGUUCACAGUGGUUAGACCUUUGGGCGAAAGGUUUCCCAACGGCUUCGAAGCAGAAGCCAAAGCUGGGCGGACGCGCAUCGUGGCCGUCAAGUACGAACGGAUGCUCUUGAAUCAAUUGCUGGCUCAAAUUCACCUGCAGGACCCGGACAUUAUCGUAUCUCACGAAUUUUCUGGCGUCUUUCUAGACGUCCUCCUCAAGCGCAUCGCAGAGCUCAAGGCGGAUCACUGGUCCCGCAUCGGCCGUUUUAGAAAAGCACGCAUGCCCACCAUUCGUGCAGGAUACAAGCUGGCUCUCGUAGCUGGAAGAUUGGUGUGCGACCUGGCCAGCGAAACCGCCAAAGGCAUCAUCCCCUCCGUCACCUGGUCCCUGACUGAGAUGUGCGCCACCCAUCUGAAGACGCAAAGGGAGGAUGUGGAUCCGGACGAGACGGCUGCUUUCUUCGAUUCGUUGGCACCGUCACCUGCUCGACUGCUCACUUUUGUGAGACAUUGCGAGGUGGAUGCCUUUCUGCAGAUGGCGCUCGCUUGCAAGGUGCAGAUCCUGGCGCUCACAAAGCAGCUCACCAACCUGGCUGGUAAUUCUUGGGCCAGGUGUCUCAAUGGAGGUCGCGCAGAGCGCAACGACUACAUUUUGCUGCACGACUUUCAUCGGCACAAGUACAUCUGUCCGGACAAGCCUGCCUUCUCGUCCACCUGGGAGAAGAAAAAAGCUGCGGCGAAGGCCGAUCAUGACGGGGCGGCUGGAGAGGGCGAGGAGGAAGCGAAUGCUGGCAAAGUCACCUCGAAGCAGCAGAAAUUCAAGGGAGGUCUGGUCUUUGAGCCUAAGCGGGGUUUGUACGACAAGUACAUUCUGGUCAUGGACUUCAACUCUCUGUACCCUUCCAUCAUCCAAGAGUACAACAUCGACUUUACUACGGUCGACCGGGCUGAAUGCAAUGCGAACCUGGCAGAUGUGGACCAGUUGCCCGAGCUGCCUUCCUCAGACGUGGCUCAGGGCGUUCUUCCUCGGCUCAUCGCGACUCUCGUUGCUCGUCGGCGUGGGGUCAAGAGUCUCAUGAAAGACACUCGCGCAAGCCCAGCCCAACAGCUUCAGUGGAAUAUCAAGCAAUUAGCUCUCAAGCUCACGGCCAACUCGAUGUACGGCUGUCUCGGCUUCGACAUGAGCCGAUUCUACGCUCGGCCGUUGGCUGCUUUGACCACUUUCAAAGGUCGAGAGGUGCUGAUGGCCACCAAGGAGCUGGCAGAGUCUCUAUCCCUAGACGUCAUCUACGGAGACACCGACUCGGUCAUGAUCAACACGAACGCGACGGACCUGGCACAAGCUAUGCGUAUCGGUGCAGAGUUUAGGAAAAAGGUCAAUGAGAGGUAUCGUCUGCUCGAGAUCGACAUUGAUGGUGUCUUCCAGCGCAUGUUGCUCGUUCAGAAGAAAAAGUAUGCUGCUAUCAAGGUGGAGGAUAAUGGUGCCAAGACGAGCACGGAGGUCAAGGGGUUGGAUCAGAAGCGAAGAGAGUACUGCGCACUCGCAAAAAAUGUUUCCAACUACGUCCUAGAGCAAAUUCUGUCGGGCGAGGCAACCGAGACGGUCGUCGCCAAGAUCCACGAAUACCUCUGCCAGAUUGGAGAUGAGGUACGCGAAUCCAAGAUAGACCUGGAAGACUACAUCAUCUACAAGCAACUAGGCAAGAAUCCCUCCGAGUACAAUCCUAGCGUCGCCCUGCCUCACGUCAAGGUCGCGUUGCGAGCAAUCGAAAAGGGUGAGAGCGCACGUGCAGGAGACGUCAUUCCCUACGUGUUUUGUCUCGGGGAAGACGGCUCGAGCGCAUCCAAAUCUGCGCAAGCCGAUCGAGCUUUUAGUCCCAACGAUCUCAGAAGGCAAGGCUCGACGCUAAAGAUCGACUUUGAGCACUACUUGGCUCUCCAGAUUUUGCCGCCAAUCGAAAGGCUGUGCGAGAAUAUUGAAGGCACGGAUCGAAUGCGUCUAGCAGAGUGCCUAGGUCUCGAUGCUUCUCGCUACGCCUCGCACACCACCUCUGCUGCUGAGAGCGGAGCAGGCAGGGAAUUUAGCACCCUGGACAGCCAAGUUCCAGACGAAGUCAAGUUUGCCUCUUGCGAAGCGCUCCGAUUCAAGUGCUCCAGCUGCGGUCAACAUUCUACCUUUGAAGGCUUGAUGGCUUCCAACGGCAUGCUGCAACGCACGGGCAUCGCGUGCACGCACGAAAGCUGCUGCGCAUCCUUUGGCCUGGCAAGCCUGGCCAUACAGCUGGAGCAACAGAUCAGGCAGUACAUUGCGCGCUUCUACGAGGGUUGGAGCGUCUGCACCGAACCGACUUGCGGCGCCGUCACUCGAUUGGCUGGAGUGUAUGCGCGAAGAUGUCUGGUGUCGGGAUGUCGUGGCAAGACGGAGCUAAAGUACAGCGAUAAGGCGCUCUACACUCAGCUGUGCUUCUUGUCCUCCUUGUUCGAUGCGGACAGGUGUCGCGAAAACUCCAAAGGUCGUGCGAAUCAUGCCGAUGUCGUCGCUUGCUCCACGAUCAGCGCCAAGGAGCUCGCGCAUCUCUACAACAUCGUCGACAAGUACCUCCAGCGGUCGGGCAGGCGCUUUGUUGGCUUGGAGAAGCUCUUCCGGUCUCUGUAUGUCCGCAGCUCGUGAUCACGUACCAGGCAUCCCUUCCCCAUGUAGCGCGCGCGCGCGCGCUUUACACGAUCUGCUGUUGCUUUGGCAAGACUCAGCAAAUGCAUUACUAUCAUCAUCAUC